AUGAAAGAAGUUUUUGGUGACAAUGCACCAUCAUACAACGUAGUCAAGUACUGGCAUUGCCAGACAUCAGUGGAAACUGCUCCUAUUCCUGGACAACCAUAUUCCACCAUUGUUGAUGACACCAUCCAUAAGGUGGAAGCUGCCAUUUUGGAGGAUCACUGCCUAACUAUUCAGCAACUAGCCCAAGAAGUGAAGAUAAGUGUAGGGUCCGUGGAAAAAAUCAUUAACCAUUAUUUGUACAUGCAGAAGUUGUUUGCACGAUGGAUUCCCCAGAUGCUCACACUCUUUCAGAAGCAGGAAUGA